CGUUCCCUACAGCUCCACUAGGCAAGAAGUAUUUAGUCGUCGUGGUCGACUACUUCACAAAAUGGAUUGAGGCUGAACCGCUAGACACAAUCACCAGCGCCAAGAUCCAGAAGUUUUUGUUCAACAACAUUAUGAUCAGGUUUGGCACGCCUCAUACUAUUAUAACUGACCAUGGCACAGUUUGACUGCAGACCAUUUGAAAACUUUUGCGGAAAGAACCGCAUCAUAUGCAAGAUGGCGUCCGUAGCAUUUCCUCAAGCGAAUGGACAGGUAGAAUCGUCUAACAAGCUAAUCCUGCGAGGCCUGAAGCGGAGACUGAAGGAAGCAAAAGGGGGGUGGACCGCAGAGUUACCUCAUGUCUUGUGGGCGCACAGAACGAACUAUAAGCAGGCUACCGGGGAGACACCAUUUGCUCUGACAUAUGGUGCGGAGGCCGUCGCGCCAACAGAGCUAGUGCUACCAUCACUCAGCGUCCAGCCUUAUGACUCGGAAGAUAAUCAUAGGAAGGUGCUUCAUCAGUUGGACAUUAUCGAGACAAUGAGGGACGCGGCUCUAGUCAGAACUCUGGAGGAGAAGCUGAAGGUGGCCAUGGCAUACAAAGCCAAAGUAAAGCCAAGAUCGCUAGAAGAGGGCGACAUGGUCCUAAAAAGGAAUUUCGAGCAGAAGGAAGGACACGGCAAAUUGGCAGCCGCAUGGGAAGGCCCCUACCUAGUGGGGGAGAAGUUGGGAACAGCAACGUACGUGUUAGCAACAAUGGAGGGGAAGCCACUCGCAAAGACCUGGAAUGCCAUCCACUUGAAGAGAUAUUUCGAGUGAUGAGCUAUGAAGAUUACAUUGACCGCAGAGUCUUUUGAUAUAGGCGCUCAUUUAUAGCGAGCGUCUACUUUUGGGGAAAAAGCUUCCCGUGUAAAGCCUAGGAAGUUAUGAAAGUGCCGCUGAGCACUCAGUUGCCUUAAAUUGUGCAUGCAUUACUGUUUAAGCGCUUAACAGCCUCUGAGCGAUGAGUUUAACUCAAAACGCUGUCACAAGCAAAGCGCGGCUAAAAAACGCCGCAGCAAUUAAACAACAAUUCAAAACCGCCACAGAGCGUCAAGGCCAUAACCACAACAUUCAUAACGCACUCAUCCGCCUCCGAGCAAUAGCGUGGCAAGCGCGUUUAGCAAUCGCUUCAAAGCGCACAUAUCCCCUCGCUUCAAAGCACACACCCAACCGCUUCAAAGCAAAAAGGGCUAUCAAACCUAAAAAGUCGCGGCGGCCGAAACGACCGCAUCAGUGCGGUUGGUUACCUCGGCAGACAUAAAAAAACACUAAGUAG